CAUCUGGUGGUGGGAGCCAGUGGGAGCGAAGCUAACACGGUCUGCGAUUCAACCGUUGAAACUGGAUUCGACACUGCGACGCGACACCGAGACGCACGAGAUCCGGGCUGUCUCACCGGACACUCGCAGAUGCUAUCGAGUCGAAGGAUACGAAGGAAGCCGGAAACACUGGAAUUAGAGUCAUGACGCCCUCCAGGAACAGAUCCUUCGCUCUCGCGAUAUUCGGAGCGGUUCUCGUCGUCUUCGGCACUCUGCUCUGUUUAUUCUGGCCCUUCAUAUUCCAUCGAUUGUUGAGCAAGGAACUGUCAAUGUCACCGACCUCGACGAGCUUCGAUAUCUGGAAGAAUCCAACGUCGGUACCCUUGCAUUUGGAAAUUUAUUUCUUCAAUUGGACCAAUCCCGAGGAGAUCAGGACUCCGGGGAAGAAGCCAAGCUUCGUUCAGCUCGGGCCUUACACUUUUCUAGAAAGACGAGAGAAAGUCAACGUCGUUUUUCACCCUCAGAACAACACGGUCAGUUUCGAUCAAAAAAGGACUUGGUACUUUGACGCGGAAAGGAGCAAUGGAUCUCUGAAGGACAACGUUACACAGCUAAAUGUUGUCGCUAUAUCAGCGGCGCACAAAAUUCGCAACUGGGCCUUUUAUUGGCAUACGAUGUUCGAUCUGAUGCUGUCAAAAAUCGGACAGAUCCACGUGACCAAGACCGUCGAUGAGCUUCUCUUCUCCGGCUACGAAGACACUCUAAUUAACAUGGGACAGAUAACCAAAAUUGUCGACCUUCCGCCGUUCGAUAAAUUCGGAUGGUUUUAUAUGAGAAAUGAAUCUACGGUGUUCGACGGCCACUUCAAUAUGGCGACCGGUCAAGACAACAUCAUGAAUAUCGGUAUUCUUCGGAAUUGGAAUUACAGAAAUACUACGUCGUUCUAUGACGCACCUUGCAACGCGGUAGAGGGAAGUGCUGGAGAAUUUUGGCCACCUGACAAGAACUACGACGAAAUCACCCUCUUCUCAGCUGACAUUUGCAGGCCUCUAACUUACGAAUAUAAAGGAAUUAUGACGCAUCAGGGUAUCGUCGGUAAGCGAUACGUUAUCGGCGACAAGACCCUGAGCAAUAGUACGAAGAGGCGUUACCCCAGGAAGCAGGUGAACUUGGUCGAGACCGCGACGAGGACAAGCGAGGACUUCGUUGCAAUGGAAGACUCAGGAAAAGCCUUCGAGUCGUUGAAGAAGUUCCAGGAUCCGGACAUCGUGAACGUAGGCCAGUGCUUUUGUAAUGGCGAAUGCACUCCGUCAGGCAUCAUCAAUGUUACCGCAUGUCGCUACGGGGCGCCGGCCUUCGUAAGCUUGCCGCAUUUCCAUAAGGCUGAUCCCGUCUUCCGCGAACAAAUAAACGGAAUGAACCCCGACGACGAGAAGCACGGAUUUUACAUCGUACUUGAACCGACAACUGGAAUACCCAUCGACGUCGCAGCCCGUCUACAAGUCAACAUUCUUCUCCAGCCAUUACAGUCCCUAAGCCUCUUCAAGGAUGUGCCAAAAACAUACUUCCCGAUGUUCUGGUUCAACGAGCGCGCCGGUAUUACGGAAGAGUUGGCUCCUUCUCUCUGGCUACUUAUCCAUCUCUUGGACAUUGGGCAUUACACCAGCAUCGCGAUACUUUUCCUUGGAUCACUGAUCGUCCUUGGCGCUGGCGUUCUGCACUGCUUACACAAGCGGGACAAAGCAGACAUGGUAAUGAUGAUGUCAAAUAAACCGAUGUCGACUGGAUUCGCAGUUCCCGCAGAGCAGAAGACAGAGCUUAUCUAUCUAGACACGACGGUAGCCAAUGACGACCGCGACGCCCAAACGCGGCUGAAUCGGCAGCUCUAUCCGAAACUCGUCGGAGAUAACUUGCAGGAUUUGUAACGGGGAAGUUGAAGACUGUGAUUAAUAUCGCCCGGACUGUGUGUUUUCCCCCAAGUGACUAUUUAUCUCUUUUUACGUCACCGUUGUGAUAAUGUACUGGGUAAACGGCAUAUGCCCAAGACUUUUAAUGGCGGGCGGGCUUUGCCUAAUUGUGAAUAUACGUAAUUAAUUUUGGAUUGAUCAUGUGGUUGGAGGUAUAGCUGGAUGUAAUUUUAUAUAAGUUAUUACGAUAGAAUCGUAACUACAGUGUUAAAUUAUAUUUCCACCAAGUUGAUCAAGCUCCUUUAACUUAGCGUAUUUCGAUAUCAAUUU